UCCCACCAACAGAGGCCGCAGCGGGACUAUCAUAGGAAAGCCCGCCCCCGCUAGCUAACAUAGAAAGAGAUUCCCGGAUAGCAAAAGUCUCUAUGUGAAUCUCUUCCCGACCAGGCCAGGCCGAAUCGGGCCACCACUUUGGAUGGGAAUGGCUCAGCCCAUAUGAUAUGCAUCAUUUGAUGAAAGCACUCCAGUCGCUUCCUCGAAGUGGCUUGUCAACCACGCUUCCCCCCCUAAAAACAAUGCUCCUCACCAACCUUAACGGCCUUGGGUUGGGGCAAGACAGCAAUGAGUAGUUCGCUCCAGGACUCCACCCCCUCGAGAGCUGGAUGCCGGCCGAGAUGGAGCUGGGAGCCAACCUAUACUUUCCCGGGGCUUGCCUUGCCCCAAAAUAGAAAGAAAAUGCGGGCGCCGAAAGGGAACCAGCCCAGCCUCCUCAAGAAAGCUUUGCUUGGUAGGCGCUGCCUAUUCACUCGGACAAUGCUCUAAACACGAAAGUGUGACGCCCCCUUCCCUGGAACCCAUGCUGAGUCACAGGCUGCGCCUCGGAAAGCGCGGACGAGCCACAUGCAGGGAAACUUGCACGUGUGGUUCUGGCCGGGUACCCCGGUCUACUGUACUAAUAUGUGUAGGUCCCCGUAAUUCGAGUGAGAUUGUCAUGGCGCAAAAGCAGAUAUGGUCCGGUAUUCCCUUGUUCCCUGUAUUGGUUAUGUUCUUCAUUUCUCGUCUAGCAGAAACAAAUCGAGCUCCGUUUGAUCUCCCAGAAGCGGAAGCUGAAUCAGUUGCUGGCUAUAAUGUAGAAUAUGCGCGGGAUGCGAUCCUUAAUAGUCCACUGUUGGCGGAAGCCAAUGUCCCGGGGUCCCGGGGACUCAUUCUGACUGAAACAAGGGAUGGGUCUUUACCAACUUAAAAAUCGAAGAUUUUAGGUAAGCCAAAAAACGUGAGCGCCCCUACGCGAGCCUUAUUGAAAAGGUCCCUUACUAUAGAACAAAGCAAGGGAUUGAGCUGCGCGAAAGCCUAAACUCCUUACUCUAACAUCACCCCUUCCUUUACGUUGUUGGUCGAGCGUCUUCAAACCUUAGCCUAUCUUAGAGUAAGGGGCCCUUUCUUGCUCGUUAGCGCUCCUUAGCACAAGCACUAAGUAAGAAACCUACCUUAUUGAAAACUCAAGUAAAGCCUUUUUUUUUAUAUAUAUAUGUAUUCUAUUAAUGCGCUCAAGCAUGCGGAGAAAGCAACAAGCGGGAUUCUAUGUUAUUAGUAAAGAGCCUUUCUUGCUUGUUUAGUAAAGUCACGCUUUUCAUUUUGAUAGGAGUAGGUGCUUGCUGGGGCAGGGCACUCUUUAUUCUUCAUUCGAAACUAAUGUCGGGGGUUUCUGCCUUGUUAUCAAAAAGGGGGUUGGGUAAAGCAAACUCCCUCCUUGGACGAGCACGGGGCUUAGUCAAGUAGAACCGGGUUGCGCUGCUUGAUGCUCCGAUCGAAAACAAAUCAGUGGGGCCAUGCCGGUACGACUGAAUAUGCGUUAAAAAGGUCAAUCCCUCCCCUACAAAAAAAACCGGGCCGAACUUCUAACAGCCCGCCCGCUUCCAUAGAACAAUAUCGUGGCAACGUAGACCUAAGUGGUCAUAUAUAUAUAUAUUGGAUCUUUGGGAACCAUCACAAGUGCGGCCGGCCUCUAUUUAAACGAGAAUGCCGUGUCGUCCAGCGGAGCCUAGAAGAAGAUGACUCGCGCAGACAGCUGACUCCUUCUUUUCAAUAGAAAGGAAUAGCCAAACCAACCCAGCUGGCUGGUCAAUCUCAGAGAUCUUAUCGGCCGGCAAACCGGAGACGGACGACCACGGUCCCGACCUUAU